AUGCAAGUGUCAUCUAAACAUUGCAUUGCCGGCGAACAGAAUGAACCCCUGCCAAGGAAUAUACCUGUCAGUUUUUGUAGCCAUGCCGAGGAUGAGUUGACCAAGCCGUUGUCAUGGCAUGUGCUUGGCCUGGGUGACCACAACAUAAACAUGGCACACCAGAUCUCAGCCAUCUCAGGUACGAACUUGCUCACCGACAUCAAACGCAUUAUCACAACGAAAGUCCAGGUUACUCAUGCACUUGGAUCGUGGCAUUGCUGGUUGGCAGUGGAGAUUGCCUACGUUUCUAUUGUACACGACGAGACACAAUUAGCUUAUUAG